GCAUAUUACCUAGUCUACUUUGAUUAUUCCCCUAAAUUUAAUUUCCCAUAUAAGUAUUUUGUCUUCCCAUCUAUGCAAGUAAUUUAACCUUCCUUCCAAAGUAGUCCAUAAAAUCAAGGUCCAUUAUACAAAAUGGGUUCUUACAUGAUCCUGCUGCUGUUAGUUGCCCUGUUGGCGGGCGGCGGCACGGCGGCCGAGACGAGCGACGAUUGCACCGACGUGAUAAUGAGCAUGUCGCCGUGCCUCAACUACAUCACGGGCAACUCUUCGUCUUCAUCCCCAUCUGCUGGCUGUUGCGUGCAACUGAGCACCGUGGUGCGGAACCACCCCCGGUGCCUGUGCCAGGUCUUGGCCGGCGGCGGUUCUGCGCUCGGACUAAACAUCAACCAGACUCAGGCUCUUGCCCUCCCCGCUUCUUGCAAUGUCCAGACUCCAUCCGUGAACCGUUGCACUGGCGUUGGUUUCCCUUCUAGAUCUCCACCCGGGACGACAUCAAGUUCUCGAAAUUCGUCCCGUUCAGGGGGAGGGUCGUCGUCGUCGAAGUCUACACCGUCGGGUGCGACGAUGACUUCAAUCAAGUUGACGAGAAGCCCGUUGAUCAUAGCCAUUCCUCUGCUUGCAUCUUAUGUUUCCACAAUCGUGGGAUAGAUAUAGACGCUUGGUUUAAUUUGUGUAUUUCUAUUCUUUGUGUCUAAUUGCCUCAAUAUGGUUGAGUAUCUUUUAGUUGCAGAACUCUUUUUAUUUAUACAACAUUUCUUAUCUUUAUACAGAAACGACGUAUUGUAUUUAUGUUCUUAUUUGAAAUGUCCUGUCCGGAUUGAAUAGUUCAUUGAAUGUCAAAACUUAAAUGCCCAAUCACUAAAGUUACUAUUUUGUCUUAAAAGAAGGUUACUAUAUCUACAAAAUAAACUUGCAAUUCUUCUUAUUCCUUUAUAAUAAAAAAAUUGAUAUGGG